AUGACUUGCAAUGAUUUACCUUAAACGGCUGAUGGUCGAACGUUGUGGGAGGAUUAAGUUACGCACUGUACAUUUCUGAGUAAUCAUGAAGAAAAUUGUAAUUUUUGGAGCUACUGGUAACACAGGUUUAUGUGCCUUAUAUUAUGCUGUGAAAAAAGGCUUGCAUGUCAGAGCCUUUGUAAGGGAUGAAUCUAAAAUUCCUGAAGGUCUUAGAAAUGAAGUGGAAGCAGUGGUUGGCGAUGUCGUUAAUGCAGAACAAGUUUCCAAAGCUGUAUCCGAUAGAGAAGGAGUUGUGGUUGUAUUGGGAACAAGGAACGACCUUAGUCCAACAACUGUGUUGUCAGAAGGAUUAAAAAACAUAGUCGAAGCAAUGAAGAGACAUAAAGUUGAGAAAGUAUCUUUGUGCCUAUCAGCAUUCCUUUUUUAUGAGCCUAACGCCGUUCCAGUGAUAUUUAAGGAUUUAAAUGCAGAUCAUCGACGUAUGCUAGAUAUAAUAAAAAACAGUGAGCUCAAGUGGAUUGCAGUAUUACCACCACAUAUAGCAGAUUCUCCCCAGACUCAAUAUAUCGUAAAGUACGACGAGUCGCCUGGCCGAGUGGUAUCUAAGCAUGACUUAGGUGCAUUUCUUGUUGACAGUCUUGUACAACCUGAACACUAUGGGAAAGUGUGUGGAAUUACAUCGCACACUCAGUAGUUUCAUAAUAGUAGGUAUUAAAUUUUCAAGUUUCUAAGCACUAUAUGUGUACCUACGUAUAUCGGACAAUAAUGUGUAUAUAUAUAUAUAUAAAGACAUUGAUGCAUAAAAAAAAAGUUGAAAUAUGCAUUGGUGAUAAUGAACAUAAAUAUACAAGGAUGUUAAGAAAA